UGGCUUGUUUAUUGACCACGCCUUUCAAAAUGGCGGCGCUAACUCAUACACAAAAUGUGACUCGUUUAUACAGAAAGAGCCUAAAGCACCUUCUCUCUUGGGCGAUAGACAGGAGACUCUGGAGGAGACAGGCCCUGGAGCUUAGGGACAGGUUUGAUGCCAAUAAAGACGUGGAUCACUCAAUAGCAUUGAAACUGCUUCAAGAGGGAGAGGCAGAAUUCGAGAGAAGGAAGCACCCAGACCCAUAUAUAUCUCCAGAGGCUCCUGAAGGCACUAAAUGGGAACGUAACCUCCCACCACCCCCUCAUGUUCUAGAGAUGACGCCAGACGAACAGAAGUGGUAUGACGAUGUAAUCAAAUACGGAAAAAAAUAACAAACAUAAUAGGAGACAUUUAGUUAUUAUUAUUAUCAUUAUUA